AUGUUUGAUGUGAGAAGAUCACAAAAUCAUCUGAGUCCUUCUGAAGAGAUUCAAGAACUCGUCUGCUAAAUAGUUUCAUGUGAAUGUAAGUUUUGAGUUGAAAUUUUUCUGCCUUCACCAAAAAUUAAACUAUUUUUUCAGAUUUCCUGCUGUCAAUUCUAUUUUUUUCAUUAUCAACUGAUCUACAUCUUCUUUCUAAACGUAAGUUGACAAAAAUAUCAAUUUUCAUCUUAAAAUUAAAUUUUUUUCAGAAGAUCUACUUCUACAAAAAUAUAUUUCGUCGUCUUCAAAAAAAAUGGGAUUCUGUAGGUUAAUUUUUUUCUGUAUGUUCAAUUUUUUCAUGUUUCCCCCUUCAUUUUUUGGCUGAAAAUUUGGGUAGAAAAUCGAAUUCAAAAUUCGUUUUUCUUCACAAUCCCCAGACUUUCAAAUGAUUUCCACUUUGAAUUUUGGCGCGAAAAUUACCCGGGAUUUUUGAGAGGUUAAAAAAUGGGCUUUUUCACUUUUCAAGUUGGGAAUUCUAAGGGUCUAGUCAAAAGCUGGGUGAAAAUUGAUGGGGUUUUUCCCGGAUUUUUGGGUUUCUGGGGGAUUUUUGGGGGGAUUUGGGAGUGGGAAAUUGAAUGGGCGGCGGAAGAAUUUGUAGGGGCAUUUGGGAGAGGGGGAGGUGUAUUUGGUCUGGGAUGACUUUAGGGAGUAAGAUCUUGUGAGUUAGGGUAAGUUCUAAGGCAGGUAAGUUUGUGUUUGGGUAGAAGAAACAUCUAGAAAAAAAUCAUCAAGAAAACUUGCUCCUUGUCCAGUUUUUGUCCCGUUUUUGUCCUUGUCGUGUCCUUUUUUGUCCCGCGUCUCCCUUGCACCCUUGGAGCAGGUUUUUUAAAUUUUUUUUCGGAAAAAAUGAGAUUUUUGAUAGCUACCCGAACACUUAGGUUUCUCCAUUUCAGAUGAUCUCACAAAUCUGAAAGAUAAAAAAUUCCAAACUAAAUCCACCAAGACCUCCUCAAAUUCACCUAUAAAUUAUCUCAAAACCAAUUUGAUUUCUCAUAACUUGGUCACUUUAAUUUCCCCCGGGGGCUCUGAAAUUUGGGAAGAAUUUCAUCGAUUUUUCCCCAGGGGAUGACGAAACUUUUCGAAUUUCCAAAAACUAGUGAAAUCCCAUAAACUUUUCAAAAUUCCCGGUGAUUUUUGCAAUAUUAUUUGAGGUGGAAAUCAGGCGAAACUGGGGGUUUUUUAGUGUGUUUUUUCGAGUUUUCUGUCUGGAAUUUCAGCCUCCCUUCCCCUUUUUUCUUGUAUUUUUCGUUCGCUUUAUUUUUGUGUUUUUUUCUAUUAUUAAAGUUAUAAUAGAAAACUUGAAUUUUGCGUUUUUUUAUUCAAAAGUUUCAAAAACUUUUAAAAUAUCUUUUUUAUUUUUUCAUUAAUUUUAUAAUUUCAGAGUUUUUUCUUCAAUUUUUCCGGAUUUUUUGAAGGUAUUUAUAUGUUUUUAUGUUUUAUGUUCACUUUGCACUCUUUAUGUUUUGGUGAUGGAUUUUUGGACACCAAGAGCACCAUUUUGCACUAGAUAUGUGUUCGAAUUGGAGCAACUUGUGCCCAAAAAACUUGGGAUAUUCGAAGAGCUUCAAAUUCUGAUUGGAUUCGAUGGCUCAACAAAAAUGGGGUUAUUCUACUCUUCGCUUGGAAAUCGAAUGUGUGA